GGUUUAUGUUCCAAACUUGCCGUUUAUAAAGACUUGAAGUGCCAAAUGGAUGAAGCUGAGAAGAACCACAACGCCUUAUUUAUGUCUUAUAAGGAACUUUGCAUCCUUUAUGAUUCUGCAAAGCAUAGCAAAGAGGAAGCCGUUAGUGAGCUUCGGGAGGGGCUGAAUAGCUUGAAUAAUAAAGUUAUUGAACUUUCAAAUAUGAAUUCUGCUUUAACUCAUCAACUUCAAGAAACUUCAGAAGCUUUAAAAUUAGAAAAAGAAGAAUGUUCUGCAUUAAGGGAACAAUGCACGCUUACGGCAGUUGAAAUGACUCAAGUAAGAGAUAAUUAUGAAUCUUUAUUAUCACAAAGACAGCUGUUUGAAAAAGAGGCCGUUCAGAAAGAUUUAGAAGAGUUAAAAAGAAAUUUUCAAAGUUUACAAAACGAGCGAGAAGGACUACUCCUUAGAAUAAGGGACUACAAAUCUGCUAUGAGCCAAAACUCAGAACAUAUUGACGGCCUUGAAAAAAAAAUAAAAAACGCAAGGAGUAUAAUAGAAAAUUUAGAUACUUCUCUUAAUUGCUCGAGAGAAAGUGAAGUAAACUUAAAAAAGGAAAAUCGAGAACUUCAAGAACAGCUUCUUCACCAUAGAAACCAACUUGGAAACUUUACGAAAGAAAAUGAAAAAUUAUUAAUAGAAAUCACAAACUUAAAAGCAGAGAAGGAAACACUAAAGCAAAAACUUAAUGAACUGAAGCGCAAGUCAGACGAUAUUAUCAAGGAGUUGCAGAAAACUUUGGAAAAUGAAAAAGAAUUGAUUGUUAAAUUGAAAAAUGAAAACGAAGCCGUUAAAAAAAUAAUGCACGAUACUUUAUCAAUACAAGCAGAUUAUGUUCUUCAAAACCAACACUUGCAAAUGGAAUUGGCCUCCUUUAAAGAAAAACGGCAAACAGAAAUAGUUUGGGAGGAAGAUGAAAGCGUAACUUUUUGUAGAAACUGUGAAUCGCGCUUUACUACUUUCAGAAGAAAACAUCACUGCCGAACAUGUGGAAAAGUUAUAUGUCACAUGUGCUCGCAAAAUACAAUUAUACAUCCGGAUACGCUUAAGGAAGUUCGAGUCUGCGAUAAAUGCUAUGAAAACAGAAAUAUGUUAGCCGUCCAAUUGGAUUUGUCUUCCUCCUCGCAGCCUCCUAUUUCCGCCACUCAAACCCCUUCACAUUCUCGUAUUACCGUAUCAAGUUUAAGCUCUUUUGAAAAAACUCUAUCGCCCGGAUACUCAUCUUUCGCGCGCGAAGACUAAAAUUCUUAAUAACACAAAAUUUUAUGUCAUAC